AUGAAGGGAAGGGGUUCCGUCGCUCUCCUCAAGCCUACCGCGCCGCGUCGCUCUCCUCAAGCCUGCCGCGCCGCGUCGCCCUCCUCAAGCCCCUCCUCACCUCCCCGUCGCCCUCCUCAAGCCCGCCGCGAAGCUCCGCGUCCUCCUCCUCCGCCUCCGCAAGCCGAACCCUCCGCCGCGUCGUCGCCGAAGUUGCAGGGGUGGAGCAAGCUCCUCGUCAAGCUCAAUGUCGAGGAGUCCCCGAUCGUCUCCCUCUUCACGCGAAGCUCCGCCGCUGAGCCCCUCCUCCUCUCCCCCGCCGCCGCCGCCGAGCCCACCCCCAACGUCGUCUCUGUUGCCGUCGCCGUCGCCGAGCCCACGUCCCGCCCCUUGCCGGCCGCCUCGUCACCCUCCAAUCGCCUCGUCACCCCCCUUGCUGAGCCCUCGUCACCCCCACCGUCGUCUCCGGAGCAAGAAUCCGCAGAUCAGCGCCUCCCCCGACUGGCGGCGCGACCGCCAUCGAAGUGGCGGUCAUCGAGCGCGGCCGUGGGCUUGAUGCGGCGCCAACAUCCAGCAGAAAUGGCAGAGUUGGCGGCCUGCGCGAUGCGACCAGAGACUAGCAGGCCGACGCGGACGCACUGUCGACCGCACGUCGGCGGGCGCCACUCCGGUCGCUCCGCUCCUAGCCCCGCGCUGGCCAGACGAACUACCGCAGCUCUUCCUCCGCUUGCACGCCGCGAGACAGAGACGACGACCCGGCGCCGGGACGAUGGGACUUGGCGACUGGAGACGACCACGGUGACGGCACGGCCUAAUGGCCGUAGGGCUCGGGCAGGACUCGGCGACAGACGGAUGACGAAGGCAGCGGAGGUGGAGGCGGAGGCGGAAACAGCCCGCCUCACCUCCGCCCCGCACGCCCUCGCCCUCGCCCUCGCCCUCGCCCGUGCACCCCCGCUCUCCUCGUCUUCGACCCUGCCGAUGCCACGCCACCACCCUUCUUCUCCACUAGGGCACGGCAACGUCGAGACGCGGGCUCUUUUUCUCCACCGCGCGUCGGAAUGCCGUGACAUCGUCGGAGGCUGCGAGAUCAUCUCCAACGACGUCGCGGUGGUUGCGACAGAAAGCAAGGAAGAGACUUUACACUCUUUAAACCAAGCUUGCACUAUUUAG